AUGGACUUUCCUCCGCCUGCGCAUCCUGGACCUGCCGAGGAUCAGCUAAUAGUGUUGCAGGGCGACCAUAGGUCCUCCUUUGUAUGGGAGGGACAACUAUCGAUGCAGGCUCUCCGCCUUAGGAGACCUGACGAUUUGUUGGAGUUCAUCGUGGAGCUGCGCGUAGAUGGACGAGCCAUGGCACUGCCCCAGUACAUUAGAUCCAUGACGUGUGCACAGGUUUUUGAUAUGAUGGGGCAGUUUACUGGUUAUAGACCUCAGGGUGACGCUGGGGGUAUUCGCAUUGCUUUGUCAGCCAUCAGAGAUCAUAUGGUUGUUUUGCACCCAGACAUUGCCGGUAAGAUAGAGGAUCUCCAUAUUGAGAGGUACACGCGGUUGGCGCUGCUCCUGUUUUUUGGGUGUGUCUUGUUCUCGAGCACUUCGGGGAGUCUCAUGAGUAUGCGCUUUCUCCAUCAUCUUCAGCAGUUGGAUGAUUUACCCCAGUAUAGCUGGGGUGCUGUUGUUCUCGCAUACCUGUUUGGGCCUGACAGUGGAUCAUGCCGUUGCAGCCACCUCUACCACCAUUUGCGCCCUGAGGCUUAUCCGUUUCUCCCUCUAGCUUCUAGGUGGAUUCUACGGCGUGGGAACUACCGAGGGACCGAUGAUCAUCAUAAUCUCCCCCUUGUUAGGGAUGUGCUAGAUAUGCUGGUGGACGGACAGUUCAUCUGGACGUCAUACAUCGACGAGUUGCUAGCUCAGCUGCUCGCUUAUUGCUCAGUCGAUCGACCGCUUUGGAGCACCUCCGUCCUGAUGAUCUUCUUCAAUAUGGUUGAGUAUCAUGCCACAGAGCGUGUGCUUCGCCAAUUUCACCGUCCCCAGCCUAUACCGGGGGAUCCUGGAUGGGUGGCUACACACUAUCAGCGGGAUGAUUGUGCCAGGCUGGAUGAUAUAUAUAUGGGAUGGCUAGAGCAGCAGGUCCAUAUUUGGGAGGAGCGAGCUGACCGUAUUCCGCCAGCACCUACAUUUGCCCAGGAGGCCACUAUUCAUCUGUAUGCAUCAUGGUACCGCUGUCACACCUAA